UUUUUAUUUAUUUUUUUGUAGAGACGGCGUCUCUCUAAGAUGCCCAGGCUGGUGGCCGGUGUCGAACUCCUAAGAUGAAGCGAUUCUCCCCGGCCUUGGCCUCCGCGCCUCCUAAAGCGCCAGGUAUGAGCCACCGCGCCUGGCCUACAAGUGCAUUUUAAUUAAAGUAUUAUUAAUGUCUUUGCCUGAAGAAAUUCGCUUUUAAAUUGUGACUUAUCUUUCACCCAAAAAUCAAAGCACAAUUCAGCCCCGAGGCGGGGGCGGUAGGAGCUGGGCGGGGCGGGGGCAGGGAAAGACCAGGAGCAGAGAUUCAAAAAGAGUAAGAGGGCAAAAUGUGCAUAAUGCAUCUUCACAGGUAAGAGCCUGGCCAGGCUCCUGUUUUAAUGGCUUCCUCCUGAAGAAGAUUCAAGCAGAGUGUAAGAUAUUUUCGGAAAGUAGGGCAUUUUGAAAGCAUUUCAUAAUCUCUCAAAACCGGAGACUGCUCCUGUCCCACCUCGUUAGAGAAAACAGCGAUGCUCAAAGGCAACCUCCUUCCUGACAUUGCCUGGUAGGACGCGACGUGGUGUUUGCCCGCGCGGAAUGCGGACGCAAGGCUGCUCCUAGGUCUCGGGGACGCGCCAUCCCCAUUUCCGCUCGCGGAGGCGUAGGGUCCGGGCGCGGGACCCCAGUCGACCUUGACUGGCGGCGCGACCUUGAGGCCUGCGUUCGCCUCAGUUGCCCCCUCUGUGCAAUGGGGAGACACGCCUCAUCGCUUGACAACGGCCGAAGAGCCGCCGCGCUUCCGUCUCCCGCGUGCGCGCGCCAUGCUGCCCACCCCUGUUCCGCACUGACCCUCCCCCGUGCCCCGCGUCCCGUACUGCCGCCCCGCCCCGAGUCCCCUGCCGCAGCCACCGCGACGGAGCCCGCAGGCGGGAACCUGCCUCCGCGCGUUAGCGCGCACGCGCGCCUCAUGUGUCGUCCCCAUCAGCGCCGGCUUCCGUCUAUAGGCCAGAUGUACUGUCACUCUGGCGAAGUCGCAGACCCGAUUGGCCGGGACGGAGGCGCGAGACCGGGUUGCGGGCGGGGCCGAACGUGGUAUAAAAGGGGCGGGAGGCCAGGCUCGUGCCGUUUUGCAGACGCCGCCGCCGAGGAAAACCGUGUACUAUUAGCCAUGGUCAACCCCACCGUGUUCUUCGACAUUGCCGUCGACGGCGAGCCCUUGGGCCGCGUCUCCUUUGAGCUGUUUGCAGACAAGGUCCCAAAGACAGCAGAAAAUUUUCGUGCUCUGAGCACUGGAGAGAAAGGAUUUGGUUAUAAGGGUUCCUGCUUUCACAGAAUUAUUCCAGGGUUUAUGUGUCAGGGUGGUGACUUCACACGCCAUAAUGGCACUGGUGGCAAGUCCAUCUAUGGGGAGAAAUUUGAAGAUGAGAACUUCAUCCUAAAGCAUACAGGUCCUGGCAUCUUGUCCAUGGCAAAUGCUGGACCCAAUACAAAUGGUUCCCAGUUUUUCAUCUGCACUGCCAAGACUGAGUGGUUGGAUGGCAAGCAUGUGGUAUUUGGCAAAGUGAAAGAAGGCAUGAAUAUUGUGGAGGCCAUGGAGCGCUUUGGGUCCAGGAAUGGCAAGACCAGCAAGAAGAUCACCAUUGCUGACUGUGGACAACUCGAAUAAGUUUGACUUGUGUUUUAUCUUAACCACCAGAUCAUUCCUUCUGUAGCUCAGGAGAGCACCCCUCCACCCCAUUUGCUCGCAGUAUCCUAGAAUCUUUGUGCUCUCGCUGCAGUUCCCUUUGGGUUCCAUGUUUUCCUUGUUCCCUCCCAUGCCUAGCUGGAUUGCAGAGUUAAGUUUAUGAUUAUGAAAUAAAAACUAAAUAACAAUUGUC